UUAUGUCCUUGUAGGCAGGGGCGGACUGACCAUUUGGAAACUCGGGCACUGCCCGAGGGCCCGGGGUCAGUAGGGGGCCCCAUGAGAUGCCCCUGGUACCUUUUUCAUAGGCUUUUUUUAGUUUGGGCAAGGAUACAGGGACCCCAUGAUCCCCUAUUGCCCGGGGGCCCCAUGAGUUGUCAGUCCGCCCCUGCUUGUAGGUAAAUGUUCAGCGAUUUGCUUUUGCAAUUAAUAGGGU